UAUAUUUAAAGGUAUUCCAAAGGCGACAGUCGAGAUUAGAGACAUGCGAUAGUUGUUAAUAUUUUUUUGUUAUUUAUUGUUUAUUUGUGUGAUUGAAGUUUUUUUUUUUUUUGGAAGAUUAAACGCAAUAAAAAAAAAUGGCUCUUAUUAGAAAUUUAGGCCGUUUGAUUACGACCGUAUCAUUAUCACGUGGUAAUAAAUUUAAUUAUUUAAAUAAUUUUAGUAAAAGAUUAACGUCUACGAGCCAACCUCUUCAAGAUGCUAAAGAGGUUAAGGUGACGUUUGUGAGAGCAAGUGGAGAGAGGAUUGAAGCCAAAGGAAAAGUUGGAGAUAGUUUGUUAGACAUUGUUGUCAAUAAUGAAAUUGAUUUAGAUGGUUAUGGUGCUUGUGAAGGUACUUUGACAUGCAGUACCUGUCAUUUAAUAUUUCCAAAAGAAGUCUAUGAUUCUCUGCCCGAGAAGCCGACUGACGAAGAACUGGACAUGUUGGACCUGGCCUUCGAUCUUUGCGACACAUCACGCCUAGGAUGCCAAGUUAUCAUGACCAAAGAACUUGAUGGCCUAGAAGUGCGUGUACCCACGACAAUAAAUGACGCCAGAGCAUGAUUUCGGCAUUUUUAAUUGAAAUUAUUAUAAAUUAAAUUUUAAUUAUAGGUCACAAUGUACAUUGUGAAAAUUAGGAAUAAAUUUGUAAAUAUAUAUUUUAUAAACAGAU